UCCAAAACCCAAUCUCUCACUUUAGCAAAAGAAAUUUUUUGAAAUUUAAGAAGAAGGAAUUUAAUUUAGAGUAAUGAUGCAACGCCCUGAUCAUGAUCAUGAUCAACCACAAAGCUCUGAGCUUUACAGAUUGCUGGCACAGACCGGAGCCUUCACCCUCGGCGGUCCGGCCUUUCCUCCGCCGCCGGCUUCUACUCAAACCAUGUCCAGCUCUUCUUCUUAUUACCCUCUGGAUAAUAAUAAGUCUCCCCAAGGGGUGGCCGCGCCGACGCCUCACGAUAGAGCUUUGGCGGCUUUGAAGAAUCAUAAGGAGGCUGAGAAGCGGAGGAGGGAGAGAAUUAAUUCUCAUCUUGAUAAGCUUCGUACUCUUCUUCCUUGUAAUUCUAAGACGGACAAGGCAUCUCUUCUUGCAAAAGUUGUUGAGCGAGUGAAAGAGCUUAAAAACGAGACGUUGGAGAUCGCAGAGCUCGAAAGCUUCCCCUCGGAGACCGAUGAGAUCAGUGUGCUUUCUGGGGAGAAAUCGGAGGAUGGAAGGCUUCUGUUCAAGGCAUCGUUGUGUUGUGAGGACCGCUCUGACCUCAUCCCUGACCUUAAUGAUAUCCUUAAUUCUCUACACCUCAAAACCCUUAGGGCUGACAUUGUCACGGUUGGUGGUCGAAUUCGUAACGUCCUGCUUAUCGCCGCUAACGACCACCAUAGUGUCGAAUCUGUUCAUUUCCUUCAAAAUGCGUUGAAAUCUCUUAUUGAACGCUCAAAUUCUAGCCUUACAUCCAAGAGGAGGCGCCUUGUACUUCACCACAAAUGAUUAUUAUUCAUUCUCAAUAUCUUCCUUUUUUCAGACUAAUUCA